UGAUCAUGAGUUGCUGACCACGAUCACUUCCCUCAUCAGUCUCUUGACACACAACACAACACAAACCCCACCACCUAUAAAAGCCGCGAGCUUUCAAAUCCCACUUUCUCGCUUUUCCCAAAAUCCCAAAAAUGACCCAACUCACCGAGGCCUACGCCUGCGUACCGUCAACGGAGCGAGGCCGUGGGAUUCUGAUGUCCGGCGACCCCAAAUCCGACAGGCUCCUCUAUACCAAUGGCAGAUCCGUAAUUAUCAUGAAUCUUCAGAAUCCUCUCGACGUCGCCGUUUACGCCGAGCACGCCUACCCCGCCACCGUCGCCAGGUUCUCGCCCAACGGCGAGUGGAUCGCGUCCGCCGAUGUCUCCGGCACUGUCAGGAUUUGGGGGACCCACAACGACUUCGUUCUGAAGAACGAGUUCAAGGUCCUCUCGGGUCGGAUCGACGACCUCCAGUGGUCCCCAGACGGAAUGAGGAUCGUUGCUUCUGGUGAAGGAAAAGGAAAAUCCUUAGUUCGCGCAUUCAUGUGGGAUUCGGGCUCGACUGUGGGGGAUUUUGAUGGGCACUCGAAGCGAGUUUUAAGCUGUGCGUUUAAGCCAACAAGACCCUUUCGCAUUGUCACUUGUGGAGAGGAUUUCUUGGUCAAUUUCUACGAAGGACCGCCCUUUAAAUUCAAGCUGUCUCACAGGGAUCAUUCAAACUUUGUGAAUUGUGUGAGGUUCUCUCCAGAUGGAAGUAAGUUUAUCACUGUAAGCUCAGAUAAAAGUGGUAUUAUUUAUGAUGCAAAGACCGCGGAGAAGAUUGGAGGGUUUUCCUCUGAAGAUGGCCACAAAGGCAGUAUUUAUGCUCUUAGUUGGAGUCCUGAUGGUAAACAGGUUCUGACUGUGUCUGCUGACAAAUCAGCAAAAGUAUGGGAGAUAUCUGAGGAUAAUAAUGGGAAGGUGAAAAGAACAUUGCCUCCUCCUGGAUCAGGUGGAGUGGAUGACAUGCUAGUUGGGUGUCUAUGGCAGAAUGAUCAUCUUGUUACUGUUUCACUUGGAGGCACCAUUAGUAUAUUCUCAGCAAGUGACCUUGAUAAAGCCCCGCUGUUGAUAUCUGGACACAUGAAGAAUAUUACGUCGUUGGCUGUUCUAAAUAGUGACCCAAAAGUUAUAUUGUCUAGCAGCUAUGAUGGUCUAAUUGUUAAAUGGAUUCAAGGCGUUGGAUAUGGUGGAAAAUUACGAAGGAAGGAAAAUUCUCAAAUAAAAUGUUUAGCAGCUGUUGAAGAAGAAAUCGUUUCAUGUGGAUUUGACAAUAAGGUUUGGAGAGUUCCUGUCCACAGUGAUCAAUGUGGAGAUGCAGAGCCUAUUGAUAUUGGCAGUCAGCCAAAGGACAUAAGCCUUGCCCUUCAAUCUCCUGAACUUGCUUUGGUUUCAACUGACACAGGAGUUGUCAUGCUCCGUGGCACAAAAGUAGUGUCAACUAUUAACCUUGGGUUUACUGUGACUGCAUGUACUAUUGCACCAGAUGGAAGUGAAGCCAUUGUUGGUGGGCAGGACGGUAAACUGCAUAUGUAUUCUAUAAUGGGUGAUACACUUAAAGAAGAGGCUGUCUUAGAGAAACAUCGGGGGUCUAUUUCUGUCAUACGCUACUCUCCAGAUGUUUCAAUGUUUGCAUCUGGAGAUUUGAACCGAGAAGCUGUCAUAUGGGAUCGUGUCUCCCGAGAGGUCAAGCUUAAGAACAUGUUGUACCAUACUGCCCGGAUAAACUGCCUUGCUUGGUCUCCUGAUAGCAGCAUGGUUGCAACUGGGUCUCUUGACACGUGUGUCAUCAUAUAUGAAGUUGACAAGCCUGCAUCAAGCCGUAUAACCAUUAAGAAUGCUCACUUGGGUGGGGUGUAUGGCUUAGCGUUCACGGAUGAGCACACUGUGGUAAGCUCUGGCGAGGAUGCAUUUGUUCGUGCUUGGAGGUUGACUCCGCAAUGAAGAGAUAUGGAGGCCUUCGCGGGCAUAUGAAGGCGACAAUAAGAAAGUUGGAGUUCUUGCUCGGUUUUAUGGGUUUAUACUUUUGUGAGCUUGCCAUCCAAUAGAAGGAUGAGAAGGCUAUUUUCCAUGAAUUGAAAAGUAUCAAGAAGGUAAACCAACCGUUUCUGUUGUCUGGUGUGUUACAAACGGCAACUCAUAAGCAAUUGUCUUAUUCCAUGACUCAUGACCUUGCAGCUUGGAGUAGGUGGUGAUUACGUGUGAUGUUUUUCUUAUAUGUCUAGUUUGGCCAUAUGAAUUUUGCAAAGGUUGAACCAGAUAUCUUUGCUUUGUAAACUUCCAGAGUUUUGAACCAUAGAAAUCAUGGCGUGGUAGCCGCAGGCACAACAAUCUUGAUCGUGGACAUGACUAUCAAUGCAGAACCAGAAGAUCAAACUGAAUUUCAGCUGUGUUUUUUUUAAUGAAACCUUUCUUUACUAGCUUUUUAUGUGAGGAAAGUCUCAAGUAUUUCACUUUGUUUUGUAAUUACUUUUAUAUAUGGUAUUUAUAUUUUAUUA